AGUCCUGCUGCGAUGCUCUCAUGACACAAACUUUAACCGUGACUCCCUACGGUCAGAGGGGCGUGGCUUAUGCCCGGGAUUUUCUUUUCUUUUCCUCCCCUCACGCGCAGCAUUUAACGGGCAUCUGUUUUCGGCAACAAGCAGGGCUUGUCCAAGUAGUUUGUUUGGAGGAAGAUGAUGAGUUUAACGGAAUGGGAAACCAUAUUGUUUCUGACCAUCACAACAAAAAGAUGCCACUGGAUGAGGACUGCCAUGCCUGGAAAAAGAAGACCUCAGAUGUGAAGGAGAAGUAUGACUUCAAAGAGAUCCUGGGAACGGGGGCUUUCUCCGAGGUGGUUUUGGCCGAAGAGAAGAGGACGCACAGGCUGGUGGCUAUCAAGUGCAUCCCCAAGAAGGCGUUAGAAGGCAAAGAAAACAGUAUUGAGAACGAGAUUGCAGUCCUGCACAAGAUUAAACACACCAACAUUGUAUCACUGGAGGAUAUCUUUGAGAGUAAAUCACACCUCUAUCUUGUCAUGCAACUGGUGUCUGGAGGUGAACUCUUUGAUCGUAUCAUAGAGAAGGGAUUCUACACUGAGAAAGAUGCCAGUAAGCUCAUUCAGCAGAUCCUGGAUGCUGUCAAGUACCUCCAUGAGCUGGGCAUUGUGCACCGCGACCUCAAGCCGGAGAACCUGCUGUACUACAGCAUGGACGAAGACUCAAAGAUCAUGAUCAGUGAUUUUGGUCUUUCUAAAAUCGAGGGCUCCGGCAGCGUGAUGUCAACAGCCUGUGGAACACCUGGAUAUGUUGCCCCUGAAGUUCUGGCUCAGAAACCCUACAGCAAAGCAGUGGACUGCUGGUCUAUUGGCGUCAUCUCUUAUAUUCUGCUGUGUGGAUAUCCUCCUUUCUAUGAUGAAAAUGAUGCCAAACUGUUUGAGCAGAUCCUGAAAGCAGAGUACGAGUUUGAUUCUCCUUAUUGGGACGAUAUCUCUGAUUCAGCUAAAGACUUCAUAGUGCAUCUUAUGGAAAAAGACCCCAAUGUCCGCUACACCUGUGACCAAGCCCUGCUGCACCCCUGGAUUGCAGGCGAUACUGCCCUGGACAAGAACAUUCACGAGUCUGUGAGCGCACAGAUCAAGAAGAACUUUGCAAAGAGCAAAUGGAAGCAAGCGUUCAAUGCCACUGCCGUGAUCCGUCACAUGAGACGCCUCCAGCUGAGUACUGGUAGCGACGGCGUCAGCCCCACCUUAACCAGUCAGCUCCAGACUGACCUGCUGAUGCCAGAGGAAGAUCCAGCUUGCUGUGAAGGGGGGUGCUCCCAGAACAUGGACAGCGGCGUAGACCCCCUGUCCAACUGCUCCUACCGCUGCCACCCGGCCAGCAAUGUGUGAUAACGAGACCCUCUUCUUGUACCAUUAGAUCCCGAGUCACGUUCCUGGUUUAACUUCCUUGUUGGAGCCAGAGGCUCCAUCCCCCCCCCACCCCUCUCUCUAUCUGCCUGGGAAUACAGCGUCAUUCCAACCUGUGGCCUGCAGGGGGAGCGAGACGGUCAAGCCAGGGAGGGGAAAAAAGUUGAAAAGGAGGUGGAGGAAGACUUGUAGUUAAUCAGGAUGACGCACCAGAGCGGAUCAUUUUGGGAUGAGGUGAAAUGGAUACCAGGGAAGGAGGGGAAAACGACCUCCCCCGUCCUCAUGUCGGUGGGGUGGGGUGGGGAUUGUUUUAGCAGAAGCAGGACAGAACAGAACAUGUAGGACAUGGUUUUUAAAGCUAUUUGUUUUUGUAUUUUUAAUUAAACCUGGCUUUAUUGUUUUGUAUAUUUUUGUGUUGCUUUUCCCCACUUUUAGAUUUUGGAGCAUCAGUCUCUCCACUGCAUCUGCAUGACUAGUAGACCGUUUCCCACUGCAUGCUUUAGCAUAAAAAUCACAUCCCACCACAAAGAUGGAGCACUUUUAAUGGGGAUAUUACAGAAUAGGUUUAUCUAUGGACAGAUUUAUUUAAUAUGCAGGCUCUGUUGUGGCAUCAGUGGUUUAUGAAAGAAAAGGCUUCUUAUGUUUAUCUUUUUUCUAAAUCUCAACCCUAAACUUCUUUAACAAAAGAUUUAUUCUCGUCUAAGGUGCCUUUACGAUAUUCACUAUGAUGGAUUUACUGGUGGUAGCCUGUUUCUGAAUAAAAGGUUUUUCUUUCUGUAACAUAUUUUUAUGUGUUGUAUGUUAGUUUAAUGGUAGUUCUUCUAUGCUAUAUUUAAAAACAAUCUCAGAUUGGAUGUGUCUGUGCAAAGAAGAGAUAUUUUGUUUUGUGCUGAAUAAAAAUGUUCAGUAUCUGACACGAAAUGAUCAGUCAGUUCAGAUGUUAAAACUUGUCUAAAGAUACAUUUUAGACUCAAUUGAAAAAUGAAAAUCAUAUUGUUUUAUGCAUCUCUCAUGGCCCUGUAUAAUCUUCACAUGCAGCCUUUUUAGAAAAUUAGAAACAUGCUCUAAACCUGAAUAUGCAUCACAGACUCUACGCUUUUUUCUCUCCAGUAUUUCAGCUCCCUUUAAAGCCUUAAGUGUUGGUGUUGGUUCAUUUUUAUUUUGUUGUAAUUUUACAAGAAAACUCAAAUUGCUUUUUAUCUCACAUCUCUGGUUGAACUGCACGAUCUGAACUUCUUGCAGUGAAACAGCCAAAGUUUUUUUUAAACUCCAGCUUCUCUCUCAGAUACAACAAUAAUCUUUUCAUGUUGCUUACAGCAGCAAAGGGAGACUGAUCUUUAUCUCAAAGUCAUGCAGCCCUUUAAAGAGCAGAAAUAAAGGGUAUUUAAAGAAGACUUGAUUGUGCUGCUUCUUAAAAAGUAUCUGAGCUUUACUGUGUGGUGUUGUUGGGUAGUUGUUCAAUGUGUUUGGACAGUGAUGCAACUGGUGAAUCAAAACUGUAAAGUGCAUUUAAUAGAGUCGUUAUUUUUUCAGAGAAACAUUGUGUGUGGAUUGUUAGUAUGUUCUGAUGUACUCUGUAAUGGAAACAGAAAAGCACAAGAGUGUGUGGGAAAGAUCCGGUCUCGGAUUCAGUGUUUCUGAUAAGUAAAACUGUUUUGAUGAAUUACCAAAAAUGAUGCAGCUCUGAUUUAAGCUUCUGUGCUUUCCCCACGUAUGAUGGACUAAUUAAAGUUUUAACUCUUACUUUCACAAACAGACUGGAAAUUUCUUCUUCAAAUUCAAAGAUUCAAGAUGAAAAUGUGCGAGAGAGUAAAAAAUAUCAAACAAGGUUAAAGAACUUUACAUUUUCUGUGCUCAGACUAAAAUCUACAAAGGGUAAACUUAAACAAGCGCCCUCUGGUGGCUGGCUGCAGUACCAUUUUAAGCCCCGCCCUUCUCCAUGUAAACGAAUGAGACAUUCCUGUCUAAAAUAAAUAAAAGUUCAUGUUUAGA